AUGCCUGUACCGGUCUACGUACGAUUUAAUAUUUUUCUACUUGUCUCUUUGCUCAUCAAUUUCAACACUUUUACAUUUUCCUAUGGACCGUUCGUUUAUAGUUAAAUAUUAUGAUUAUUGGAGGAUAGUCUUUUAUAAUCUAUUGUUGCUCAACCCAGCAUUAUCUCUAGAGUUCUUGUUCAUUCUAUUUUCCGCUUUCAUAGUUUCCCCAGGGUCUUACAGAAUUUUGACGUGGUUUCGUGCCGCUUAUUUUGAAAAACAGAAUCUCACAAGCCCUAUAAGAUUUAUAUAGCCCAUUGUUCGAACCCCGAUCUGGGUUGUCUUUUGCAAACAAAAGCACACGUUCGAGCUCUCGCUAAACAGAUCAAUUGUCAUUUAUUGGCUCUCCUAAAAUUUCU